GGCCCCAUUGGUGGACUCUCCAUGGACUCUAUUGGUCAAUAGAGAAUGUGAUCGCCAUUGUAAAUAAUAUAUAAAUCAAUCGGCCUCUUCUUCCUUCCUGUCUUAGGAAGACGAGAGACAGGAAGACGAGUGAAUUGCAAUUUCUCAUCCGUCAUGGCUAAUCCGAGAAGCUCAGUCCAGCUCCAGCUUAUGAAACCAGUUGGAUUUAGAUUUCAUCCAACCCAUGAAGAAUUAAUAAGUCAUUAUUUGGUGCCCAAAACGCGUGGUGAUAACGUGGAGGACUUGCUACUCAUGGCAGAGGUUAUCCUUUGCAAGCAUGAACCAUGGGAUCUACCUGAUAAAUCGAUUAUGAAGUCAGAUGAUCAAGCGUGGUAUUUCUUUUGCCCUCGCGAACUCAAGAAUUCGAACAGAAAAUGGUCUAACAGAAGAACGAAGGCGGGAUUCUGGAAAUCAACCUGCCAGGGAAAGCUCAUAAAGGCUAAGCAUACCAAGAAAGUGAUCGGUAUAAGAAAGACCUUGGUUUUCCAUGAAAAAGCUGGGCCGAAAGCUAAGAGGACUGGGUGGAUUAUAGACGAAUAUGAUAAUAUCACCGAUUCUAGCCUGUCUAAAGAAGGGCAAUAUGUUCUUUGUAGAUUGAAGAAAAAACCAGAUGAGAAGACCAAGAAAGGUGAACAAAAUCACCACAUGACUGCAGUCUCAGAUUCUGAUGCUGAACCAAGUCAGAGUAUGGCUUCUAAUUCUGAAAGUCAAAAUGGAAGUGCGAUGACGGUGAAUUCAGCUUUUGAUGCAAGUGAACUAGGCUACCAUGUGGCUGCUUAUAAUUUUGAAACUCCAAACUCAAAUGAGCUGAUGAAUAACUCAGAUCCUCAAGUUAGUGAAUUAAACCACUACAUGGCUUCUGAUUCUAGAAAUCAGAACUCAAAUAAGGUAAAGUCUAAUUCAGCUUAUGCUGUAAGUGGGUCGCUCCACUCCAUGUCUUCUAAUUCUAAAACUCUAUACUGGAAUCAGCCGACAGUUGGUUAUUGUGAAGGAGGCAAAAGCCACUAUAAGGCUUUUGAUCCGGAAACUCAAAUUUCAAACAACAUGAUUAUGCCAAUUAAUGAAAAAUCGUUAAUGGCUUAUGAGAAAUGGUUAACGGCUCCUGAUUUAAAAAAUCAGGAAUCGCCCUCUCAACCUGAAGGUGAAUGCGGUCCUUCCGUGGUGAUACCUUCUUUGUUUAUAAAUCAAUCAACUAAUGAUAGUGAACCCAGGAGCCAAAUGGCUUCUGAAUUUAUAAAUAAAAAUGCCGACAAGGAAAUCGAUAUAUCAGACUUCGAUGAACGGAGUUCCCUCACAGAAACUCCUCCGGAUUUUUUAAAUCAAAAUCCUUGUAAGAAGACUGAUAUGUCAACCCUUGAAGAAGGUUAUUUGAGUAACUCGACGACUUCUAUUUCAGACAAUAAUCUAGCUGAUGUCGCGCUUCCAGAGGUAAUCCGUAAGAAGUUGGAAAAGCUGGAAAAGUUUCUUGAGCUAUAGAAAACAGCCUUGACACUGCACUUCAGCUGCCAGUAUGCGUGGAAUACAGCCACUACAUGCGCUUUGAUACCUGUGCAUCUACUUAAAAAUACCAGUUCUCUAGUCCUAUACCCCCUUCAUUUCCUAUUUAACCAAAAAAAAAAAAAACCAUACCGAACAGUCAUAAGGAGUUUAUUAUUUAUGGCUUAAGAGGGCAACUACUAAUGCUCCUCUAAUCAGCCAAUUAGGGUAACUUAUGUUGCUCUAUUUGUUUGGAUCCUUGAAUGCUUGCUGAUCUAUAUAUUCAGCUUGCUUAAUUGAUGAUGUUGCUUAGUUCGGCUUCAUCCAGCCCAUGCAGCUUCAAGCUGCAAUCCUUUAAAACAUAGCCUUGCUGUCCCAAAUCUGCAGCUACAUCUACAGAAAGUCUUACUACUAUUAGCAGACAAUGCAGCUCUGUUCUAUGAUCCUGAUGCGAUUGUUGUCCCUCAGUCCUAAAGACAUUAUACUUGCAAGUAGUGUGCAAGUUCUAUAUCUGUACAUUUACUUUCUUAUUAUUCUUAUGUGUUUCUGGGUGUGUGAAGGUGAAAUUGUAUCUAGAGCAAACAUCUCUUAUGGAUUUUGUAUCUAUGUAUCAGUGUGUUUCAAAGAUGUUGACAAAACUUAUGUUUAAUUGAUAUGUUCUAGCUCUCUUUUCUUA